GGUUGAAGCCCGAUGACGCGAAGGUGGCCAGCAUUCGUGAUUGGCCACGUCCUCAGUCCGUGACUGAGAUGAGAUCGUUCUUAGGAAUGACAGGCUACUACAGGACUUUCGUUAAGAACUACAACAUAGUGGCCGCUCCUUUGACUGAUCUGACCCGCCUUGACACCCCUUGGGAAUGGACAGAUGAGUGCGAGGCUGCUUUCAGACAUCUGAAGCAUGCAUUGACGCACUAUGAAGUCUUGAAGCUACCCGAUCCUGAUAAGCCAUUUAUAGUAACCACGGAUGCUAGCCAAUAUGGCAUUGGCGCCGUGCUUGCGCAGCAGGAGGGGUCAAAGUUGAGGCCAGUAGAGUACAUGCCCAAGAAAAUGCCGUCUCAGAAGUUGGCUAAGUCCACUUAUGAGAAGGAGCUCUAUGCGGUGUACAAGGCUCUCACCCAUUGGAGACACUACCUCCUUGGGCGGUUCUUCAUCCUCCGGACUGAUCAUCAGACCCUGAGAUGGAUGAGAACUCAGCCAGUACUCUCUGACGCUUUUAAGCGUUGGAUCGAAGUCAUUGAGCAAUAUGACUUUGACCCUCAGUAUCUUAAAGGGGAGUACAACAAGGUUGCUGAUGCCUUGUCGCGCAGACCGGAUUUCUCAGGUGCGCUGAUUACUGAAGUCGGCCUGACGGACAAUGUUACUCAGUCUUUGGUGGAAGCCUAUCAUCAGGACCAGUUUAUGUCUGAGAUCAUACGCAGACUGGAGGCGAAGGAUAAAAAGACCUCCGCCGAGUUUGAGUUGGUCAAUGGAUUGCUGUUCCUAGAGAAGGCAGGGAAUAAACACUUGUGUGUUCCAAAUAGCGAGUCUUUGCGUAGUUUGUUUUUAGGUGAGUGUCAUGAUGUCACCGGUCAUUUUGGGUAUAAGAAGACCGCAGCCAACUUGCUGCAGCGAUUCUGGUGGCCCACGAUGAUGCGAGAUGCACAGCUGUAUGUGGAGACUUGUCAAGUUUGUCAACGGGACAAGCCCCGUACUCAAGCUCCUCUCGGGCUGCUUAAGCCCCUUCCGAUUCCGGAAAGGCCAGGUGAAAGCUUGUCCAUGGACUUCAUGGAUACGCUGAUCACCAGCAAGAGUGGAAUGAGGCAGAUCUUCGUCAUCGUGGAUAGAUUAAAGACGUACGGUUCACUAGUGAACUGUGGAAAGCCGCUGCAGCUGAACAGGGAACUCAACAAGAUGACUUCUGAAAGCCAUCCAGAAGCUAAUGGCCAGGCGGAGCAGAUGAACCGCACUAUGCAGCACCUGUUGAGGCACUACAUCAAGCCUAACCAGGUGGACUGGGACGAAAAGCUUGCUUUAGUUGCCAGUCUGUAUAACAAUGCUGUACAUAGUGCUACGGGGGUGAGUCCUAACAGUCUGCAACUAACGUUUAAGCCUAGACUGCCCUUAGACUUUCUCCUACCUGACAAUCAGCCAGACACUGCACCCGGCACUCUAGAGUUUGCCUAUCGUUAUGAACAGAAGAUGCAGGAGGCUGUAGAACACAUGCAGAAGGCACAAUCUGCAAUGAUUGAGUCCGAAAAUAAACAUCGCCGCCAUUCUGCAUUUCAGGUUGGGGACAGAGUCUGGGUCAAGUCCUCUGAACUUGGACAAGAGUUUGGGAUAUCUCGCAAACUCAUGCCUCAGUACUUUGGGCCUUGGGAGGUCUUGGACAUAGUUGGGACAGAUCCAGAUGGGCCAUCCUAUGUCAUCCGUAUCCCUGGUCACCUGCGCACCUACCCUGUAUUUCACACCUCCAAGCUCGCUGCUUUUAAGCAGACCGACCAAUUUCCUACUCGCCGUUCUAUGUUGCCCCCAACCAUGGAUGAAGAAGUCGACAUCGAUGAUAUCGUCGAUCACAGAGAGAUACCCGUUCAGAAGCCUCCAGGAAGAGGACGUCCUCCCAAGCCAAAGCUGCAGUUCCGUGUUCACUUCAGACAUCAUACAGAUCCGAAGGAGGACCGCUGGUUUACUCGGGAAGAAUUGAUGCAGACCGCCCCUCAGAUCGUUGCCCGCUAUGAGAGGGAUGUUUUGAAAGGAAAGCACCAGCUGGCGGCAGACUGAUCUUCUCAGAGGACUAACGAAGAUAUGGAGGGAAUGCGAGGCUAUGCCCGCU